CUGCUAAUUACAAAGAAGAACUAAACGCUUUCUCUUUUUACAUUUUGACGUUUAUAUAAAUUUUUCGUAUUAUUUAAAUUUUUAUAUAUAUAUACACAUUGUGUGUUUUUGUGUGUGUAUAUAAUUGAAGGUGUGUAGAGCUAAGGAGUGAUACGAUUCGGUUCCGAAAUUUGGGUGAAUUGUGAAUCAGGAAGAAGAGAAGGAGAGAUUUUUUCUUUGGGGAAUUUUUUUUUAGUUUUGGUUUGGUGAUUUCAGUGGAUGCCGAUGGCGGCGGGGGCGACUGAUCGAGGGCGGCCGGUGGUGAUGCCGGCGGCGGCGGCGAUGACGGUGACGGACACAUUAGCGAAGGACGCGGUGUUGGGGUGGUUCAGAGGGGAGUUUGCGGCGGCGAACGCGAUAAUAGAUGCGUUGUGUGGACAUCUGGCGCAGGUGAGUGAAAGUGGAGGAUCGGAGUAUGAAGCAGUGUUUGGUGCGAUUCAUAGACGGAGGUUGAAUUGGAUCCCGGUGUUGCAAAUGCAGAAGUAUCAUCCGAUCGCUGACGUUGCUGUGGAGCUUCGAAAAGUGACGGCGGCGAAGAAGAAGAAGAUGAACAAGAAUCAGGAGGAGGAGGAGGAGGUGAAAGGAGGUGAGGUGGAGGCUGUGGAGGUGGCGGCGGCGGUGGCUGAGGGCGAUGGCGAUGUUGAAAUGGAGGGGAAGAAGAUGAGUGAAGAGGAUGAGAAGGAAUUUGUUGAAGAGGAAACGAACGAUGGAAAUUUGAAGAUCGAAGAGAUUUCGAUUGAGAUUAACGAAAUUGAUGGCGGAAGAAAUGAGGUUUUGGCUCCCAUUGAAGAAGAAGAUUCCAUUGGAAGCGAGAUAACUGAUUCAGGAUCUCAAGGAGGAGGAGGAGGAGAAGAAGAAGUGCAGGCCAAUUAUGCAGAUGUUGAAAUUUGUUCUAACCAUGAAGAGUGUGAAGCACGUCCAGGACAGAUGAAGUUGACAAAAGGUUUUUCCGCCAAGGAGCCAGUAAAGGGCCACAUGGUGAAUGUAGUGAAAGGAUUGAAGUGUUAUGAAGACAUUUUCACCCAAUCUGAAUUGGCCAGGUUGAAUGACUUUGUUGAUGGCCUUCGCUCUGCUGCAAACAAUGGGGAGCUUUCUGGAGGCACAUUUAUUUUAUUCAACAAGCAGGUUAAAGGCAGCCGGCGAGAGAUGAUCCAGCUAGGCGUGCCCAUUUUUAGACAGAUCGGAGAAGAAUCGGGCAAUAACAGUCAAACAAGCAACAUAGAGCCAAUUCCGCAUAUUCUUAUGACGGUCAUAGAUCAUCUCAUUCAGUGGCAACUGAUUCCUGAGUACAAAAGACCAAAUGGAUGUCUUUUCAAUUUCUUUGAAGAGGGUGAGUAUUCACAGCCAUUCCAGAAACCUCCACAUUUAGAACAACCCAUUUCCACUCUCGUCCUUUCUGAAUCAACCAUGGCUUUUGGGCGUUCUAUUGUUAGUGAUAAUGAAGGCAACUAUAAAGGGCCACUCACGUUGUCCUUGAAGGAAGGGUCACUUUUGGUCAUGAGGGGCAACAGUGCAGAUGUUGCACGCCACGUCAUGUGUGCAUCUCCUAAUAAAAGGGUCACCAUCACGUUCUUCCGAGUUCGGCCAGACUAUGAUCAAUGCCAAUCACCAACCCCUCAGAUGUCGAAUGCUAUGACUCUAUGGCAACCGACAGUUGCAGGUACAUGCGCCUUGCCUAAUGGAGCCACCUAUGGCUAUGAAGCAAUGGAGGUAAUGCCAAAAUGGGGGAUCCUUCGUGCACCGGUGGUCAUGUUAGCUCCUGUGCGCCCUAUGGUAAUGAGCCCUGGACGAUCUCAACGUGAUGGCACUGGAGUUUUCUUACCAUGGGCUGUUAAUACAAGAAAACCAGCAAAACAUCUUCCUCCUCGUGCUCGAAAAGGACGGUUCCUUGCAUUACCUCCCGCUGUCGAAACUCGUCUACCAGACUCAUCUCACGAGCCAGGCAUAAGUGUUUGAGUUUCGACUACCAAACUCAUCUCACAAGCUAGACAUAAGUGUUUUGAGUUUGAAAUCAAAGUUGUGGCAGUUCUGAAGUCGAAGCAACACGACUCGACUAAGUAGUGUUUUGUCCUUUUACAAAUGAUCUGAGUGAGUUUUUUUCCCAUUCCACCCCUUCUCCCAACACCACAAAACCGCUUAUUUAUUUGGAUCCCAUGUUCUUAGGGGUUUUUUUUUCUCUCUUUCUAGAUGAAGUUGAGGUUCAAGUUUGAAGAGUGAACUAGAGGAUUUAGGUUGGAAUUUUGUAUUUACUAAUUGUAUUUAAAUCUUUCCUUUUCUUCCUAGACUUAAA